AACACUUCCACUGCUAACACAUCCUUAACAACCAAUUAGAAUGUCUGGACACGAAGCCGUCAACCCAAUCCACCCAUCGAUGGUGGGAAAAAUGGACCCAGCCUUCGUUAAACUUUACGAUGAGCAUGUCGCCAACACCCCCAAUAGGCCCAUUGACCUCCCAGUAUUGCGUAAGAACUAUUCCAAAAUCUAUUCAUAUGGAACUGCUCCAGCACCCGAAACCUCCAACAUCAGCGACAUUACAUUCCCGUCGUUCGAUGGGGCCGACGUGCGUUUGCGGAUCUACCGCCCCGAAGGUGUGGCCGACGACGUGGUGUUACCGGUGCACAUUGAUUUCCACGGUGGAGGUUGGGGUCUUGGAGACUUGGACACCGAGAGUCACGUGUUGAAGCAUUAUGUGGAUUUGGCCCAGAUCUGUGUCAUUGACGUCGACUACAGGCUUGUACCCGACUUUGCGUACCCUACGGGACUCAAGGACUGUUUUGAAGCCACUAAAUAUGUCUAUGAGAAUGCUGAAAAAUUGCAUAUCAACAAGCAUAGUAUUUCGGUGGGAGGAGUGUCAGCGGGAGGAAACAUCUGCUUAGCAGUGAGCCAUCUUGCGCGAGAUGUGGGGAUCUCGUUGGUGCUUUGUGUGGCCGGUACUCCCCAAGUUGACGAUAUUGAACCGUAUAAAACCGCUGCCGAUUCGCCCUACCCAUCGUGCCAGGAGUGCGAGUUUGCACCCACUUUGAAUUGGGCCCGGUUAAAGUGGUUUGACAAGUUAAAGUGGGACUCGUUGUCAUCGGAUGCGGCCGAGCGGGCCCAGCAGUUUGAGGAAAUCGGGUGGUUCAAGAGUAUUAUUACUGCACCAGAUUUCACCAAUUUGCCCAAGACGGUGAUUUAUACUGCUGGAUGUGAUCCCAUGAGAGACGAGGGAGAGGCGUAUGCCACCAAGAUGAUUAAGAACGGAAAUGACGUGGUGUUCAAGAGAUAUCCUGGAGUUCCUCAUCCGUUUAUGCACAUGGAUGCUACGUUGUGGCAGGCAUCCGAUUAUAUCAAGAGAACGGCAUUUGAUCUUGCGGUGGCCCACCGCACCGUGAAGGUGUUUUUUGAAUAGGAUGUGGAGAGUUGGGGGAGUAGACAAUUAGUAGAGAAUAAAUGAGCAGACUUCA